UUUUUGUUUAUGCUUAAAUACAUCUAAGUAACUCAUGCUCCCUAUGCUAUUAUUAUAUUAAUAAAGCUUCUCCCGUAAUCGUUUUGAAAUGUAUACUAAAAUAUAAUUAUGUUUUCUGCAUUUGCUACAUUCUUUCACAGUUUAGUCUUUUGCACUCAGCUUCUUCAGAAAAACAAACAUUCUUGUUUAUUUACAUACAAGUUCAAGCUAAAGGGACACACACUACCACCUUUGAAACCUGCUUGCCAAUGUGACAUUCUAGAACAGCUGUAGAAGGUUAUGAAUACAAUAUACAAGUUGUGUUAUUACUCAAGAAGGAAAACAAAAUGUUCGAUAACAUUUGCGGGAAUACCUCGUCUCAUUUUUCAGUAGUGCCUUAAUCAAACGUAAUAAUUAUUUAUAUAAUCGCAUUGUUAAACGAGUAUGCAAGUUAAAGUAAAAUCAAGUUGAUAUUGAAGAAUGAGAUGAAAAAAAAAGUUUAACUUCCAAGCUACUGAGAAAAGUGAAGUAAACUGGUUUGAUAAACCAGGCUCUAAAACUUGAUAGUAAUAUAGCAAAUUAUCUAAAACAAUACUAGAUUAAUUCCCAAUUAGCACAGAGCUGAUAUCAUAACUAGCACUGAAUGGAAGAUACGGUACUGACAUGCCUUUUAACUGCAAUUUUUCUGUUCAGUACUACAGCAAGCAACUAACUUGAAUACUAUUCCUCUAAACAAAUUCUGCUUUCCUUAUUGUUUUUUUACAAAACUAAGUUGUUGCAUUGCUGACAAACACUUGGAAUGUAAAUAUCACUUGCGAUUACAUUCAUUUUUAAAGACAUUGUAAUUGUAAGAUGAGAAAAUCAUUAAAUAAAAAGAAAGAUACUGUACACAGUGGGGCUUGUUCAGUUGAUCUUAAAAGUAGCAGAUCCUAAUACCACUUUCAUUCAAAUCAAUAGAAAACCUCCAAGAAAUUACUGAACGAAAUACACCAAAGAAACUGACUUUCUCCGUGAGAGGUGUUACUUCUCAUUAAAGAAAAGUAGUGGUGGCGAUAUUAAGAUCUGACUGUUUCGAUCAGCUGAAUACUUUUUGUUUGCAUAAUUGUUUACUUCAGUCAUGCCUUGUGACCUAACAUAGUGUGUGUGUCUUUAAAUGCAAAAAAAAUAAAAUCCCAGAAUUUACAUAUUCCAUGCAAAAUGCACUCCUCUCAUACUUUAAUUCCAAACAUUCUGAAGGGCCUUGUCUUGUAGCCUUCCCUGAGCUACGAAACUGUUUGCCUUCUAUUGGUUUUGGUAUCUAGGUAAUAAGUCUUGAGACGUGGAUUAUUUGAUCAGAGCUGAACAGUUGCUCCAUUUUUCUCUGUCACCUGAGAACACAGGUCUCUCAGGUGACAGGUAAAUGACUCCAAUAGGGGUGGAGCUUCCUUUGCAAAGCUGGAUGUCAGCUAUACAGAACUAGUGCACCUGUUGCGUUUACCAAGCACUUGCUGGUAUUCUAGAACUAAGGGGGGGGGGGGAGUUUCAUAAGCUACCAAUACAGCAAGCAUUGACCAUGGAACCAAAGGGACCCAGUGACAAAGAAAAGGAAAAAGGAGGAAAAAAGAAAAAUAUGAUAUUUGUGAAACCUCGGCUGUACAUCUUAGAGAGGCGGAAAACUGACACAAUUGUUGCUGAGAAUAUUGCUGAUGACUGUACUGGAGAUGUCAACUCCGCCACCCUCAGAAGAAGCCAGUCUGACAGGACGGAAUACAGCAAAAAACUUAAAGAGAAAAUGGCACCGCAAGAAAUUUCAACACCCUCCUCCCCGACCAUCGAUUUGGAAGAGCUGAAGAAGAGGAUGAUGGACAAGAGGUCUAAAGUUAUCCAUGAACUGGUUCAGACAGAGAAAGAUUACCUCACUGAUCUUGAGCUUUGUAUUAAGGAAGUAGUUCAGCCACUGAGAGACAUACAGGUUGUGGAUGUGGACCGACUGUUUACUAACAUUGAAUCUGUCUGUGAGGUGUCAGCUAAACUGUUGUCCAAAUUAGAAGAGGCCAUAGCAGAAGCAGAUCCUGAGAGGCAAAUAAUUGGUGAAGCAUUCAUAGAGAUUAAAUCAUCACUAGAGGAAGCCUAUAAAAUAUACUGCUGUCAACAUGACGAUGCCAACAGUUUAUUAAAGUCCUAUGAAAAAGAUGAAGAAGUUAAAAGGCAUUUCAGAAACUGUGUUCUGUCCCUGAAAAAAAUAUAUGACAGGGAAGGAAAGCCAAAUUUGUUAGACAUGGGAUCCCUCAUGAUUAAACCUGUCCAGCGUGUGAUGAAGUACCCACUGCUUUUAGGUGAGCUGUGGAAUUCUACACCCGACUGCCACCCAGACAACAAACCUCUGGAAGAAGCCCUAGCAGCAGUGAAAAGAAUCAACACCAAUAUCAAUGAAUUUAAACGAAGAAAAGACAUAGUGAUGAAGUACAAGAGAAAUGAGGAAUUGGGAACUUUGAUGAACAAGUUAAACAGGCUGAGUUUUCACUCCAUUAUUAAGAGGUCAAUCAGAGUCACCGGUCACCUCAAAAUCCUGACAGGAGGGGAAUCCCAGGUUAAAGAUGAAAAAUUUGACAAUGAAGAAAAAAAAUUCAGGAAUCUAGAAAAAGCUGUACGGCAGUUAGUGAAAAAUGUCUAUUGUUAUUUUCAACACACACAGGAAAUAAUCUCUCUAGUUGUCCAAAAUGCUGAGGAGCUUCAAAUUAUUCUACAGGACACGGACAAGGCUGAUAGGAGCGCUCCUCCAAACAAUGGUGACAAUCCAUACAUACAUUUUAAAGAGAAGUUGGAAAGAAUGGUUCUGAUACCUCUGUCUACAUUGCAAUCCAUGUUACCGGCACCUCAGAAGCUCAUUCAGAAACGCUAUGAUAAACUGCUUGACUAUGACAGCCGCCUGGAGAGGUCCUCACCAGAUGAGCUGGAGAUGGCACGCAGAGACUAUGAGGCACUCAACGCUCAGCUGGUAGAGGAGCUCCAGGUGUUUAACCCUGCAGCUAAGAAAAUAUUAACAAACUGUAUUUACUGCUUUGUUGCUCUCCUUCGGGACCUGAUGGAUUCUGCAUCUCGUCAAUCUCCAUCAAUACAAUAUUUGCCUGCACCUUUGUCUAACAUCCAUGAAGUGCAAAACAGUGUCAUGGAAGAACUUAGUAACCUGAUCUUUGUGAAGGAGAAUACUCCAAAGUUAAUUGAACGAAAAAUAAGUUUUGAUAAACCUAAAAAAGUUGUGCCUGAGAUUCCACGGCAGUCAGAAGCCCAUCGGUCCAAGCUGUUAUCAAGCCACUCUCCAGACAAAAUCUACCAGCUGAAGCGCAACUGCAACGCCACUCAGGAGCAGGACUUGAGUCUGUUUGAGGGGGAGCUGGUGGCUGUGGUGGAACAGCAUGACUCCUUUGGGAGUACAAGCAGGUGGCUCGUCGACACUGGCAGCCAACAGGGUUAUGUUUACUCUUCAUUCCUAAAGCAAUACAACCAUACAAAGGAACAUAAUGGGACAUUACAUAACCAACAGGAGGAUUUUGACAACAUUAGCCUUUUCAUCUCUGGUAAUGGGAGCAGCAGUUUGAAAAGCUUCAGCAUUGCCCACAGUGACAGCAGUUCCUCUCUCAAUGGAAUACACGAUAAGGCUGAGAUCGACGGAAACAAUUGUUGUGACGAAUCAGACAACCAGCAGAUCUUCUAUGCUGUCUAUGCAUUUGAAGCUCGAAGUGAACAAGAGCUAAGCUUGCAGGAAUACCAGCAUGUGAGGAUAGUGAAGUUCUGCGAUGUGAGUGGCAACAAAGACUGGUGGCUGGCUGAGGCCAAUGGUCAGAAAGGCUAUGUACCUGCCAACUACCUAGGGAAGAUGUCAUAUGCAUAAAUCAUUCUUCAGGAGUAGUAACGGUGGAAUGUAAUAUUGCUGCAAGUUUAUUUAUUGGUGUACAUUUUCAACAGAUGUAAUUUUUGCACAAGAAAACCAGUCUUACUGCCAUGAACUUAGUAUUGUCACCUUCAGUGUUUUUUUAUUCUUUGUUAAAUAUUCAUUGUAUGUUAUUGUAGCUCAUUUGUGUUACUGUAUGUGCGUAUAUAUAAUUUAAAUAUUGCGAUUAAAUGUCAUAGCAAUUUAAAAAUUAACAUUUCUGUGAAUAUAUCAUAUAAAUAUUAAAUAAGUAUUAGUAAUUCAAUCUUAUGGUGACAGUUUGAUAAACAACAUUUCCAAAAUGUCACAUUGAGCCAUUGUGUUAAAAUCUUCAAAAAUAUUUAUAUAAAAAACUAUGUAAAUGAUUAUAUGUCUAUUUUAUGAAUAAAGAUUAACUGAUAUUAGC